AUGAUCGAUUAUACUGAAAUAUUUCAAUCCCCUCAAUUCACCUUCCUGGUGGGCGAGGAAGAGAUCCCUCUAACGACCCAUACUGCUGUUUUGAAAGGCUUAUCAGAUCCUAUCAAUACAAUGAUCAAUAAUGGCACAAUGAAAGAAGCACUAUCCGGGGUAGCGGUCCUUAAAGACGUUGAUGUUGAUAUCUUUACUGCAUUCUGCGAAUAUGCUUAUAGCGGCGAUUUUGAAUUUACUCGCGCUAAUCAUGUUAAUCGAGAAUUUGAAAUGACUACCGAAGCGACAGGAGACAAAACACAAGCUUUGUCAACAGAAACACGGGUUAAGGCAGAUAGAUUGGAUGAGUCCAAGGAUACUGAUGAUAACGAUUGUGACCGCGGCACGGAUGAUUCCGGUGACUGGGAUCUGGAGCUGUGUCUCAACUCAGACGACUUUGAAGACCGUGUAUUUAUACGGUCUUGGAGAUGGGACAUACACCUGAAAAGGAAUGACUUCAUCUUCUGUGUCAGGGUAAUCCUUCAAUCUCCACGCUUCACUUUUCUCGUGGGCAAUCAAAGGACCCCACUGACAAUCCAUACCGCCAUCUUGAAAGGUUUAUCGGAGCCUUUAGAAGCAAUGAUCAAGAAUGGGGCCAUGGAAGAAUCUCGUUUCGGGGUCGCAGUCCUAGAAGAUAUCGAUGCUGAGAUAUUUGCUGCGUUUUGCGAAUUUGCUUAUACCGGAACCUACGAUACUACUUUUCGAAAGUCUUUAACCCAAUAUCCCCAGCAGUCGAAUCAAAAAGUGUGGUUUUCGAACCCAGAUUAUGAAGAUUGGAGGGCUUUGCAGGCUGCCUGGUUAGAUACAGACGAGCGAUACCAUGAAAAAGACAAAUAUGGUGAUCUCGAACUGUGCCUUGAGUACCGGGACUUUUCCAAUCGGGAAUUCCAGGAAGAUUUUAGAAGGAUUCGACCAAUUCAUACGCAGGAGCGGAUCUCCCCACUCGUUUUUUAUUAUUUUGUUGUCAAAGUAUACGUCUUUGCAACGAAAUAUCUCAUCGAACCAUUACGGCAGUUCUGUUUGGCAGCUCUGCACGAAAGAUUACGCGAAUACGAGUGUGAUGAAUUCGAUUCAAAUGAAGUUCUUGAACUUUUAGAAUAUACAUAUGCUAGUACCAGCAAUGAAGAGCCAACGGGGCCAUCGUUGAUGCGGGAUCUAGUGAUUCAUUACGUGGCUUGCAGGUUCACUAUUCUCUCCAAGAACGGAGCUUUCACUCGUCUCUUAAAGUCGAAUGCAGAAAUUGGCACAGAUUUAUGUAUUGCAAUGAUGAAAUGGAAAUGCAAAAGGGCAGACUAG